CGUCGCCACCGACUGGCUGCUGUUGGGCGGCGACGUGGUGCAGGCGCUGUCGGCGCUGCCGCUGUCGCGCGUGGGCGGCGGCGCGCGGCCGCAGUGGGUGGGCGGCAUGGCGCUGCUGCAGGCCGUGGCGUGCGCGCUGCUCGCCCUGCCACACACCACGCACUGGGCGGCGUCCGGCGGCGGCCAGCCGGCCAACGCCACGCGCUCGCUCCUAGAGACGCAGCUCCUCAUGGCGGACGGGGUGAACGCGACGCUGUGCGGGCAGACGCCUGCAGUGACGGUGGAGCACCCGUGCUACAUUACGGUGACGCUGCUGGCGAUCCUGCAGUUGGCCCGGGGACUGGGAGGGGCGUCCAGUUUGGUGCACGGGCUCGUCUACCUCGACGACAACGUCGUCUCGGAGGCGGCGCCUGCGCUCAUAGGAGCGGUGCUGGCCGUGCAGCAGCUGGGUUUCCGCCUCGGCCACGCCCUGGCCUACCUCACUACAGGCGGCGCCGAAGACCCCAUCAACGGCUGGUGGAUUGGCUGGACGGUGCUGUCGGUGCUGCUGUGUGCGUGCGGCCUGCUGCUGGUGAUGUUCCCGGCGCGGCUGCCCGCGGCCGCCGUGCGGGACCGGGUGGACCACAUCCUGAGCGAGGCCACCGCCGCCGCGCGGACAGCUUCACCGGACGGCGCACGCGUGCAGAUCUCCAACAAGCGCUACGUCAUCAGGGAGCCGCCGGACACUUCUUUCUGUCCGUCCCUGGGUCGUGUAUUCAGUAAUGCGGUGGCGCUCUGCAAGAUGUUAGCCAUUCUGUUUGCUGUCGCUGCGUUUCUCAACAUGGAGGCUUUCCGGGACAAAUAUCUGGAGUCCAUUUACCACAUUCCGUUGCCCAAAGAUUUGUUGCAGGACCCCUGGCUAUCAAGGAUCACGACAAGCCUGCUGGAGCCUGUGGUGUGCGCUCUGGUGGUGUCGUGCGCGGGCCUGCUGGUGUCAUGGCGGCAGCCGGGCGCGCGCUGCCUGUCGGGCUGGGUGUGCGCGGCUCUGACCGGCUGCGCUCUGCUGUCGCUGUCGCAGCUGUGGCUGGGCUGCCACCAGCUGUCUGUGAGCGGCGAGCGCGACGGCGCCCCGGCAGAGUUCCUGCAGCCCUGCAACUCUGCCUGCCACUGCUCCAGGGACGCAGACUUCGCCCCCGUCUGCAGCGUCACCACCCGCCACACCUACUACUCUGCCUGCCUCGCCGGCUGCACCGAGAUCGGCGCGUACACUGGUUUCCUGAAGAGCUGCUCGUGCAUAUCCGGCGGCGGCUUCGCGCAGCUGGGCUCCUGCGACUACGCACAGUGUUCGUCUCGCUGGGUGGUGCUGCAAGUGCUGUGGGUGCUCGCCGCCGUGCUGCGAAGCACCACCUACGUCGCCAGUUUCCUCAUAGUGCUCAGGUGCCUCGAACCGGAAGACAAGGCCAUCGGCCUGGGAAGUCUCAACACCGUGGCGGGCCUGCUGGCGCUGCUACCCAUCUCCUUUGGUUUCAGAGCGUUGGUUGAUUCUCACUGUGAAUUCUGGGACGAGGCAGAAUACUCGUGUAAGCUGUAUCACUCUAGAGGACUGGAGCUCAGCGUGACGUUCUUCGUCUUUGUGCUGCUGCUGUGCUCCUCGUUGAUGGACGCAGUGGUGUGCGUGCUCGCGCGCCGAGUGCGGAUCUACCCGGACAUGGAGGCGGAGGAGACCGAGUCUGGCGGGGGCGGCGGGGGCAGCGAGCUGAGCGCCAGCCAGCGCCAGAAGCUGCUGCGGCGGCGCGCCACGCCCCUGCCCAGGCGGCGCCGCGACGCCCCGGAGGUGCAGCUGCGGCGCCGCGCCGCCACCGGCGCCGAAGACGAGGACGACGGCGACGACGACGGCGACGACGAGGUGGAGGAGCUGCGCGCCGUGCAGAGCCUGAUGGCGCGAGGCAACGGCCAGCCCGGGCUCGCCACCACCGCCUUCUAGCUGGCCGUCCGGAGCGGUCCGACUGUGGAAGGUCGCCGCUGGCCAGGAACUAGCGAGAUACCGAAAAGGCGGCUCCGAGUGUUGGAGUUCCUCAGAGGGGAAGAGACUCAUCGGAGGUCGUGCUAUUUGAGUCCAUCGUGUUCUCAAGUGUCAACUUCCCAUUACUGUGUUGUUAUUUCUCUGAGGAGCACUCAUAAAGUUUUAAUUACCACCUUGAAAAAUUAAAAAUACGUAGUUACUGUUUUGUUUAGAUGCAGGCAGAUGUCGCCAGUGUUGGUCCAGACUGAAAUACUUCCGCCACAGUACCGUAACAGGCCACUAGAGGAGCGCAAAGAAAAUGGCUCAGACCGCCGGCGUAGUGGCGGUGGCUCCUCUAGCGGAAUUCUACUGUACUGUGUGACGCAUCUGGACCAUUACCGGACCUGUACCAGCACGUAAACAAAAUGUUAAUUACGUAAGUUUUAACACUCCCAGUGCGUUAGCAAGACCAGUCACAGAAACUACUGGUAACUCGGCGUGGUUGCUAGUGGAGAUACGUACGUCCGUCGCAUCUCGCUGUAGGUACCUGAAAUACACUGACCUGUGUCUCUCUGAUGAUGGUGUCCACUCUGCACAGUGGAAGUGCUGGUCGUUGAUUCGCCAGACAUAGAAUCAGGAUGAAUCGCUUUGAUUGUGUAUAACGAUGUGAAGUCUGUCAGAAGUUAGUAGUCGAAUAACAGAGUGCACGGUUUUUGAAGAGUUUUACGAAACACGUUUACACAAUCACUUAUUAUCCAUCUGCGCCAUAUUGCAGAUUACAGCGGUCUUACACUAGCGUACUGUAUCAAAACAAUGACAGUUACAUUUAAAAAACUCUAAAUAGUGCAACGAUUUAACUGAAAAUGCAAGUUGUACCGUGAUCAGCGGGUUCUAUACCCGACACGAAGCCGCUCACGUCCGCUGUCUCUUCUCGCUUUGUUACUUUAACACAGUAGGAAAAUACUCCCUUGAGUUUUUGGCCAGUCAGAGCCCUCCGUAUGUAUAUGCUGCCUUAUGGGGUCGAACACUGGCCGUCUUCCUACGUGGCUGAUGUAAUGCCACAUCACCUAGGGCGCUACGCAGGGCAGUCCUUGUCCCCCAGUUCAUCUACUCUCUCUCUCUCUCACACACACACACAAUCCACUGGCAAAAUAUAUCCAACAGUGCGUAAUCUUAGAUAGUACUCACUGAGUGCCCCUAAUAACAUAAUAUUUAUAAAGUUUACGUUUUCGGGGUGAAUAUUAAACUAUUAUGACAGCCCCUCGUGACAUCACUACAUGCCAGUCUCCACACCUCAAUCAAAUAGUUUGGCUUCACACGCGUGCAUUAAUAAAAGACUGUUUACACAAAGUGAGGCAUCUUCGUUUCCGGUUAUUUGAUUUACAGUUUGAUGGCGUACUGGGGACUAGUGCGUAGGUUUCUUCUUCAUCUCUAUACCUGUAGCUAGACUGAGGAGUAAAGCUGGAAUAAACGUCGAACUUGAGGUAGAAGAAUCAUAGUGGGUAAAGCGUGCUGUUUUACGUGCUAUAAUCUCAAUUCAUGGUUGCACCCUUUAGAUUUUAACUGUAAAUUUUUCACACUCUAACUACUAGCUAGUCACCCAUCGUUAAACGGUACCGUAAGUAAUAAUACAAACUGUACUCAAACAAAAUUUUCUGAAUGAAAACCGGCCGCUCAUUUUUUUCUCAUUGUAUUACGUUUUUGGGUCUGUCCUUCAUACAGUCAUGUAGAAGCAUGUAAAACAGAACAAACAAUUCGGUUGGGAAUGAGGCAGAAGAUAAUGAAUGGGACAGUGUCAGUACUCAUUGCGCUUCACUCCAGUUCUCACCGACUUGUUCAUGAAAAUCAAGUGACACAACGUGGUUGAGAUGAGGGAAGGAUCAAGAUCUAGUCACAUCUGAAAAUAUGUCACGAGCGAAAGUGCACCCAUUUAGAAUGAAAAUAUAUGUUAGCAAACCUGUAGGUAACAUUACUGUACAAAAAACUGAAGAGCAUAGUUUUCGGUUUCCGCUGCUGUUUCCAUCAAUUCAGCACUCAAGGAAAGGGACAGGAAGUUAUAACAGAAGCGAGUAAAUAAUUUAACAGAUGUAUCAUGAAGCAAUAAUCAUUCUUUGAUUCGUAAUGUUGCAGCUCUAGCAUACUGAUCGACAGACUUGUAAGUUAACUAGCACUAUACUUUGUUGCAAGUUUCGCAGCACUUGUUUAUUUUACCCAGUACUGAUACUCUUAAUUAGGACCAAAGUACUGGAAUUCAUUCAUAUUCGUAGAAGCAUCGCGACAGUAUUGCGAUGGAGCUGGAUGGUGUGCCUGCGAAGAAAAAUAUGCGGCUAACAUAAAACGAGCUAUCUACGUUAAUUAAAAGAUUAUAACUAUGUAGAAGAACACGCCCACAGGGCAUCAUAGGGUCCCUGAAAUUUCCAAGAACCUACACUGCUGAUACAUACUGUUAUUCCAGUCGAAAUAAAGGAAGGAAGGAACAAUGCUCUGUAAUAUCUCUUAAUAUGACUUAUGAAGCUGUACGAGCCUACCAGACUAUGCCAACUGAAAGUGACCUCACUGAAAUAAUUGCCAUCAGUAACGAGUGAUUCAAGAUUACUGAUACCCUGAGAUGGAUUAGAGUGGGAAAUAUUCAUUUGCUGCCACAGUUGUAAAUACUCGGCAGUGAAUAAGACAGUAAACAUCAUUUACGACAGUAUUGGUAUGAUUUAAAAGACGUGUGAAUAUUUGGUGAGCACUACACCCACACGAUCGUGACAUUAUUAUUUGUGGAAUAUAGUGUGUGAACAUAGUUGCUAAGACAGUGCAAGAUAAACAAUAUACUGAGUGGACGAAGCUGCCUAGACGGUAGGAAGUAAAUAAUGCAAUGAGUGGACGAAUUUUCUAAGACAAUACAAACUGAAUCCAAUUCACAAUAGUUGAGAUAUUCAUUUUCAUAUUCAUAUUUGUAUGUUUAUGAGAAGAGUCCGAUUGUAAAAUGAAAUACAUUCGACUUUUGAUUAACUUUUGAAGAAGGAGACGCAAAUUAGAUGAAAAUACUUUACUUGAAGGGAAUCACUCCUACUGUUGGACAUUAUUAAGAUACACAUCAGUUUUGAUCGGGGAACAAUUAUUUUGCAUAAAAUUUUAGAGACUGUAAAUAUCAAGAUCUCAACCACUGUCUCCAUCCUCUCGUUGACUAGCACGCAACUCACUUUCAGACAUUUAUUUCUUAUCCACUGUGAUUAGCUGGAACAAUAGGCCACACAGACAGUAUCGAAUAUCCAUUGGAUGCGAUAAAAUAACACUGAAUAGAAAUAUUAUUCAAGUGAAUCGAAAGUCUUCCCUGCUAAAACUAUCGUGUUUGUAUGCCAAAAUCUGUUAUCUUUCCAACGAGUUCCUGUUUCUAACAAUUUAUUACAUAAGGUCUCAGGGAAAAUGUGAAUAAUUUGGUCCCUUGUUUGUAGAAAGAAAUAGUGGAUGACUGAUGUGUACAGCUGUGACAUUUUAAAUCUCUGGAGAUGAAAUGUAAUUGUGCUUUUAAUAAAAAUUUUAUUUUUCAGA